AUGAAAAAUUUUUUUCUAUUUCAGUUGAGGAAUAAUUAUUCCAUCUUUUUGAAUAGGCCUCUACAAGUAUUUACAUUAAAUGCUAAAUUAAUUAGUCAUCUUAAAGUGAACUAUAAGCAUGAGUUAUUAAAUUAUAAGUUGAGAAAGUUAACAUAUGUUAAAAAAAAGAAAAAAAAAAGUUAUCAUAAUUUUGAUGAAAAAAAAUAUAUUACUACAUUAAACGAAACUGUUAAUCAAAAUGAAAAUCACAAUGACAUUAAAAAGGAUAGUAUAUUAAACUAUACACCAGACAAUCAUAUAAAAGAUAAUAUUAUUAAAGAAGAAUUAUAUAGAGAGAAUAACGAAAAAGAAAAAGAAGAGAUAAAAAAAUCAAAUAUAGAUGAAAAUAAAAAUGUAAAUAUUAAUGAUCAGAAUGAACAAAAUAAAGAUUGUUAUAAUAAAUUAUUAAUAGAAAAUUGUUGUCAUAUAGAUAAAGAUGUAAAAAAAUGCUUAUUAGAAAUAUUUCAAUAUAAAGAAUUUACAGAUGUUCAAAGAAUUGUAUAUAAUAAUAUAAUAAAAGAAAAAAAAGAAAAUGAUUUAUUAAUUCAAGCAAAAACAGGAACAGGGAAAACAAUUGCAUAUUUAUUGUUAUCUAUUAAUGAUAUAAUAAAAAAUAAAAUAUUAAGUGUUCAUACUCUUAUUAUAGUACCAACAAGAGAAUUGGCAAAUCAAAUAUAUAAUGAAUGUAAAUUAUUAUUAACAUACAAACAUAAUAUUAACGUCUUAACACUUACAGGAGGUAUAAAAAGAAGAGAUGACCAAUUAAAUAUAAGAAGAGUUAAACCAGAUAUUAUUAUAUGUACUGUCGGACGAUUAUUAGAUCAUUUUGAAUCUACUUAUUUAUUUAAUACAUUAUUUGAAAAUUUAAAAAUGUUAAUAAUUGAUGAAGCCGAUCAAUUAUUAAGUUCAGGAUAUGAAAAUGAUAUUCAUCGGUUAUUAACAUAUUUACCAUCUAAUAGAAGAAAUAUUCUUUUAUCAGCUACAUUAGGAUAUAAUUUAGAUGAAAUAAGAAAAAAAAUGUGUAAAUCAGAUUAUAUCUAUUUAAAUUGUGUUAAAGACAUUUCUAAACAUACAAGUGAUCAGUUAAGACAAUAUGUAUUAUUUCAUAAAGCCAUUGAUACUACUAUUAUAUUAUAUAACUUAUUAAUUGAACAUAUGAGAUUAAAUCAGUUUACAUAUAAAAUUAUCGUUUUCUUUCCAACAGCUAGAGCUACUUCUUUUUAUGCACAAUUUUUUAUAAACCAAUUAAAAAUGUCAGUUUAUGAAAUACAUAGAAAAAAAGAACCGGCACAUAGACAAAUCACAUCUAAUAGAUUUUCUAUGGAAUCGGUUGGAAUUCUAUUUACAUCAGAUAUAAGUUCUAGAGGAUUAAAUUAUCCAGAUAUUACUUUAAUAAUUCAAGUUAAUACACCUAUAUCUAGAGAACAAUAUAUUCAUAGAGUUGGAAGAACAGCUAGAAGUAAUAAAAAAGGAAUGGCUAUUAUAUUAUUAAAUGAAGCAGAUGAAUUAUUUUAUCAAGAAAUCAAAGAUUUAAAUAUACAAAAAUUAAAUGCACAAAAUUAUACUUUAAAAAAUACAAACUUGUCAAAUUAUUUAUCAACAUGGAUGUCUAAUACACAAUUACUAUAUUUAGCAUAUGCAUAUUAUUCUUCUAUAUUAAGAUUUUAUAAAACCAAAUAUACACAUCUAAAAAUUAAUGAUGAUGAAAUCAUUGAUGCUGUUAAUAAUAUGUUACUUUCUACAGGAUUAGUUGAACAACCUUAUAUUUCUAAAAAUUUAGCCACAACUUUGAACAUGCAAAAUAAUGUAAAGCUUAAAAUAAGGAAAGAUUUGGACGACAUCUUGUUAUUAUAA